ACGAGCGCCCCGUACUUGCAUAUAACUUAUGUUGUUCACUCUUCUCGUUGAGCACAAGACUUUCUCCACUUCUGACUACGCCCUGAUCUUCCUCUUUUUGUACAAACUCUUUGUUGAUCGGCUUUUCCGCGUUGUUCGACCUCAUCAUGGCUGCCCAUGAUCUCACUGGUCGCCAUCGACGCUAUUCAUCCGGGUACCAGAGGACUCUCGCAAGCACCGUACCGGAUCUUCCGGAUCUUCCUCCUCAGCACGACGUCGACGAGGCGUUUCAGCAUUUAUUCCCGCCUCUCGAUCCAAGCAGCUUUGGGUUGUCGUUUUCGGCGCCGGCGCAGCUCCAACCCAUCCAUUCAAAUCUUCGCCAGCACAGUCGCAGCAGCUUUUCCACGAGUAACACGGCUUUGCAUACGAGCAAUCUCGCGCAUAGCAGCUCUUCGUCACCUUCCACGUACUAUGCUCCUUCGGUCUCGGUCGCUUCGAAUUCAUGUGGGAACAACAUCAACUAUGGAGUUACAACACCGUACGGCAAUGGUGCACCAUCGCUUGGUUCUGGCACUAGCCCAUCCCUAGUUUUCCAGCCGGAUUGCAUACCCUUAGGACCGUACUGGACCAGAGAACGCGGGCUUGAACGCCAGGAGACUAUUAACCGGAGGACUCACCAAUUUGCUGAUUUAAUCUUGAUUCAUGCGACGCCCAAAUGCCUUCUGAAAAGGUCUCCCGAUGAGUGGAUGUUCCCGAUGUUGAUGUUGGAAGGAUAAGCACAUGGGGAUAUCUUCCAACGAUGCCCCUUCGCUCUAUCCGAUCUCACGAACCUCCAUUGCCUUGUGCUCACUCUGGGAUAUGUUGUAACUAUACAUAGUUCCAGCAACCCGCAUCCGUCCCUCCCGGUACCUGGCACUUUUCUCUUGGGCGAACUAUAACUCGGGCCGGCCUCGCAAUCUACCUCAACUCCAAGCGCAGUUCUUCCUGAACCACAGGUGAUCUUAUGUGGAA